CUUCCAUCCUCACCUUCAUGGAACCUAUACACCAUUUUUUUUUGGUAUAAAAGAUAUCUAGCAAAAACUUUAAGGUGAUUACAAAUUAAGCCUACUUUCCAUCCUCUGGUAAGCUUGAUUCUUUCUAAUAAUAAAAGUAAAAAAUCUUACUUAACGUAAUUAUCUGCAUUUGUAAAUAACGUUACAUUCACCCCUCGAAUAUCCAGUAAUUCGCCAAAUCAAACUUUAAUAAGAUGAAGGUUAAAUGGACCAUGUUGGGCAUGGUUGUCUUCUUCCUGCUUUCUGUGGUUAUGACCGUCUGCUUCAUUUGGCAAUACAGGAUACCGAAGUUGAAGACAGAAGUUGACAUGAAAGAAAUAGAAGCGGAAGAGAUGUGCCCUCGUUAUCCUGAACCUGUGCCCCUCAAACAUCCCAUUACAUCUCUAAGAGUAGCUUUAGAGAAGGUUGAUUUACUCCUCAAGAGCUGUGUUGACAGCACCAAGCUUCCGGCAAUAUCUGCCAUUUUGGUUUUAAAUGACUCUAUACUGUGGAAUGGUAAUUUUGGUAAAAGGAACAGAAGUGACCCAAAAUCUCCAGCGCCAAAUGAAUACACAGUUUACAGAAUUGCAAGCCUAUCCAAAAUAUUUCCAACUCUGAUGCUGUACAAGCUGUGGGAGGACGGUCUGGUGGACUCACUUGAUGAUCCAGUGGAGAGGUACAUAAAGAACUUCACCAUCAAGAAUCCGCUGGGGAAAGAGGGAGCGCCAGCAUUGUCGUCAGGCAGGCCCUUCAAUAGGACUACUAUUACGUUACGAAGAAUGGCUAGCCAUCUUUCUGGCUUACCCCGAAGAUUAAGGUCAACUAAUCUUCUCUGGAACAAAGACACAAAUGCAGCUCUUCAUUUGUUACAAGAUGAUGUCCUUGUUGCAGAUCCCGGAACAAAAUGCCACUACAGCAACGUUGCCUUUUCAUUACUGGCCAACAUCCUCGCUGAGAAGAUAACGGGAAUGGACUUUGAAAAGUGGAUAACCCGUAAUAUUUUGCAUCGGUUCAGCAUGAAGAACACUGGUUUCAACAUGACUCCGGCCAUUCAAAAGGAGAUGGCUGUGGGCGUCUACAACAACGGUCAGCCGGCUCCCCUUUACAACCUGGGCUGGUAUCGACCCGCCGGUCAGAUGUACUCCACAACAGCGGACACAGCAACGCUAAUUAAGGUCCUGCUGGGCUCGUAUAGUAGGACGUUUCUCCGAAAAGACACCCUUAACACUAUGCUAGCCCCGCUUUUCCAGUGCCAGACUGGGUAUUUCACCGACUACACUGGCACACCAUGGGAGAUCAAUCAACAACUUGGCUAUGACGUGGUCAGGAAAGACGGUGACUUGGAUGGUUUUGCUGCCUCUCUGUCACUAGUGCCACGUCUCAAAUUAGGAAUGGUGGUCCUGAUGGCAGGGGUCCGACCUUCAGACCAGGAUAUUGUGAGGCAGGUCUACAACUACCUCAUUCCUGCAUUGGAAAGCGCUUUCAGAGAUGCUGAACUGACUCCUAAACCACCACCUGACCCAACUCCGUAUAUAGGUUUUUUCACUUAUAGGAAUAUGACUUUCUAUGAGAUUAAAGUGGGGUCCAACGGGGGUCUGGUCAUGCAACAGUUUGGACCACAGGUGGAUCGUACCAUCCCAAGCAAUUUCCAAACUAUCCAACUUCAUUACCUUCAAGAAAGAGUGUUUAGAGUUGUGUUCAAAAGUCCAUAUCCUUGUAAAUUAAUAGUCAACAGUGCCUCGGUCUCGUUGGAGACUCAAGACAGACAGCUUUUUAACUUUUAUGUCUUCAACAAAAGAGGUGUUUCACCAGGUUUUGAUUCGCCAGGACUCAAUACUUAUAAAGUCAUGAGGAUGGCAAGCAGACCGUAUUUUACUACAUAGAAAAUUGUGUUAUUUUAGAAAAAAUAUUUUUGUUAACCAUCCUAGAAAUGGACAUGGGUCAUUCCAGAAUUGGCGGACAUUUUAUGCUCCACGCUUCAAAUGUUAUUUUUUUAAGGCAGUCAUUUAAGUCAUUGGCUGCCAUUCAUAGCACUGGAUUUUCUAUGCAUUUUGAAUGGGAGGGGUGAACGAACAUUCCUUCCCCCAUACCGGUCAAAAUGGACUGGACGUCUAGUGCCGUCAUUGGCACUGAAAGAUAAGCAUUCACAGCCAGUCCUCCCAGUUUAAUUGAAUUGGGCGUCUAUUGUUAAAUAUUAUGACAUUAAAAAAAUAAAAUAAAAAAUUUCUCCUGUUUGUGGCCACAACCAGUAUCUGUUUUAAUUGAAUGUAUUUGUAUUAAAUUUGUUUUUAACAUUUAAUUUAUCUUUUGAUUUAUUCUUAAAACAUGUAUAAAAUACCAAGAAAAAAGUAAUGAUUAAGAUUUAGUAAAAUAAAUAAAAGUAAUUAAAAUUAAGAUCUAUGGACAACACAUCAUAGACUUAACCAUCAGUUGACCAGACAGCUCCUACAGACAUUGCGCCACGCCUUCCCGGAUGGGGCCGACCCAGGCAAUGUUGAGUUGGCUUUCAUAGUGAUAAACUUAAACACAUGCUGUGUUCAAACGCCGGAUUUAGGUGGGAAAAGAGACGAAAGUUUUACUGCAUAUAAGCAGGCAGGAGUGUCUCAAGAGUGAUUUGGUUGAGGAUUAGAGGUAAUUAUUAUAUGAAAUAGCACCAUGCAUGCACUUUGAAACAUUGUAAAAAAAAAAAAUGAAUAGAAAAAGAUUAGCGAAACUGAGUGAUAACUGCCCGGUUGUUUGCUUUUAACUAAGAAUCUAGACUGUUUUAUGUUCAUAUCAAAGUCCGGGAUGUAUGCAUUUAUUUACAAGAACUUUCAACUUAAAAAUCGCUCAGUUUUGUGACGGCUGCCAUGUUGGAUUUUGUAUCAAUACACAAUUGCGUAACUUCAGGUUGAAAUCUUUACGUAAAAUGAAUGAUAACUGCCUGUUUAGAAAUUCUGGGAUGUGCGCAUUUAUUUACAAGAAUUUUCAACUUAAAACGCUUUUUUUUUGUUAUGACCGCCAUGUUAUAUUUUCUAUACAUACACGAUAGCAUAACUUUACAUUCAAAUGAUCAGGUAAUUUUCGGCCAACUGUCUGUUUUUUUGGCAAAAAAAUAGUCAUUUAGACAUUUCUCCAAACUCCAGACGUUUGCGUUUAUGAUUGUGAGUGAGGAAAAGUUUUCUCCGUGCAUGCCUCCCAAACAGCUUGUUGGCGUGUAGACAGCACCUCAUACCCACUAUGAAGUAUGGGGGUGGGUCAGUGAUGCUGUGGGGCUGUUUCGCUUCCAAAGGCCCUGGGGACUUUGGUAGGGUGCGUGGCAUCAUGAAUGCUUUGA